CCGCUCUUAAGAGCUGGGAAAUGGCGGCGGCAUCGUCGUCGCGUCGCUCCCAGCAGCAGCAUCACCACCCCCCUCACCACCCGGCCGCGACUCCCGCGUCGCCGCCGCAGAGCCCCAGCCUUUCCCCCCUCGGAGCUUCCCCUCAGCAGAGGCCCAGCCUAGCCGGACCCGAGGGGGAGGCUCACGGGAGCAGCGGCCGGGAGGCGGCGGCGGCGGACAGGCCUUUCUCUCCGGAGAGCGCCUGCGAGGCCUCCGGGCCUCCUCCUCCUCCGGGCUCCGGCGCCAGCAGCGCCGCCAACAGCAGCAGCAGUAGCAGCAGCUCCGGCUCGUCGCCGUCGUCGUCGUCCUCGGCUGCUUCCAGCCCGGCCGCCGCCGAGAGCCCCGACCCGCCUGCCCCUCCUCUGCAGCCGCCCCCUGCGCCCGUGGGAAGCGGCACUUUCCGGGAGCUGCUCGAGGCCUGCCGCAAUGGGGACGUGACCCGCGUCCGGCGCUUGGUGGAUGCCACCAACGUCAACGCCAAGGAUAUGGCAGGGAGAAAAUCCACCCCGUUGCACUUCGCGGCAGGUUUUGGAAGAAAGGAUGUAGUAGAACACUUAUUACAGACAGGAGCCAAUGUCCAUGCUCGUGACGAUGGUGGAUUGAUACCUCUUCAUAAUGCCUGUUCUUUCGGUCAUGCUGAGGUAGUCAGCCUGUUGCUGUGUCAGGGUGCAGAUCCAAAUGCCAGAGACAACUGGAACUAUACUCCUCUGCAUGAAGCUGCUAUCAAAGGCAAGAUAGAUGUGUGUAUUGUUCUACUGCAGCAUGGAGCUGAUCCAAAUAUUCGAAACACAGAUGGGAAGUCGGCCUUGGAUCUUGCAGAUCCCUCUGCAAAAGCUGUACUUACAGGUGAAUACAAGAAGGACGAACUCCUGGAAGCUGCUAGGAGUGGUAAUGAAGAAAAACUAAUGGCUUUGUUGACACCUUUAAAUGUGAACUGCCAUGCAAGUGAUGGGCGAAAAUCUACUCCGUUACAUUUGGCUGCGGGAUACAACAGAGUUCGGAUAGUCCAGCUUUUGCUUCAGCAUGGUGCUGAUGUCCAUGCGAAGGAUAAGGGUGGACUUGUGCCCCUCCACAAUGCAUGUUCCUAUGGACAUUAUGAAGUUACGGAACUGUUGUUGAAGCAUGGUGCCUGUGUUAAUGCGAUGGAUCUUUGGCAGUUUACUCCAUUACAUGAAGCCGCUUCUAAGAAUCGUGUGGAAGUUUGUUCUUUGUUACUCAGCCAUGGUGCAGAUCCAACGUUGGUCAACUGUCAUGGAAAGAGUGCUGUUGACAUGGCCCCAACGCCUGAGCUGAAAGAGAGGCUUACCUAUGAAUUCAAAGGACAUUCCUUACUACAAGCAGCAAGAGAAGCUGACUUAGCCAAAGUAAAGAAGACACUUGCCUUGGAGGUCAUUAAUUUCAAGCAGCCACAGUCCCAUGAGACAGCACUGCACUGCGCUGUGGCUUCUCUUCACCCCAAACGGAAACAAGUCACUGAGUUACUACUCCGGAAAGGAGCGAACGUAAAUGAGAAGAAUAAAGAUUUCAUGACACCUUUGCAUUUUGCUGCUGAACGAGCUCACAAUGACGUUAUGGAAGUUCUUCAUAAACAUGGAGCAAAGAUGAAUGCACUAGACACACUUGGACAAACUGCUUUGCAUAGGGCUGCUAUGGCAGGUCACCUGCAGACAUGUCGCCUCCUGCUGAAUUAUGGUUCUGACCCCUCCAUCAUCUCCUUACAAGGUUUUACAGCAGCGCAGAUGGGCAACGAAGCAGUGCAGCAGAUAUUGAAUGAGAGCACUCCUGUACAUACAUCUGAUGUGGAUUACAGACUGUUGGAAGCCUCUAAAGCUGGAGACUUGGAAACUGUGAAGCAACUUUGCAGUCCUCAGAAUGUGAACUGCAGGGAUUUGGAGGGGCGUCAUUCAACCCCAUUGCACUUCGCUGCAGGUUAUAACCGAGUGUCAGUCGUGGAGUACUUGCUUCAUCAUGGAGCGGAUGUGCAUGCAAAGGAUAAAGGUGGCUUAGUGCCUCUCCACAAUGCUUGUUCAUAUGGACACUAUGAAGUGGCAGAGUUAUUGGUGAGACACGGGGCAUCUGUCAACGUCGCAGAUCUGUGGAAGUUCACACCACUACAUGAAGCAGCAGCAAAGGGAAAAUAUGAAAUAUGCAAGCUCCUUUUAAAACAUGGAGCAGAUCCAACAAAAAAGAACAGAGAUGGCAACACACCUCUAGACCUCGUGAAGGAGGGAGACACAGAUAUACAGGACCUGCUGCGAGGUGAUGCAGCUUUGUUGGAUGCUGCCAAGAAGGGCUGCCUGGCACGAGUUCAGAAAUUGUGUUCUCCAGAAAACAUCAAUUGCCGAGAUACCCAGGGACGAAACUCAACUCCACUGCAUCUUGCUGCCGGUUACAAUAAUUUGGAAGUUGCUGAGUAUCUUCUGGAGCAUGGUGCUGAUGUCAACGCUCAAGAUAAAGGAGGAUUAAUUCCACUACACAAUGCAGCAUCCUAUGGGCAUGUGGAUAUAGCAGCUUUGCUGAUUAAGUACAAUACCUGCGUAAAUGCCACAGAUAAAUGGGCAUUUACACCACUGCAUGAAGCAGCACAAAAAGGAAGGACGCAGCUGUGUGCCCUACUUCUAGCUCACGGAGCAGAUCCAACGAUGAAGAACCAAGAAGGACAGACACCUUUGGAUUUAGCUACAGCUGAUGAUAUUCGAGCCUUGCUGAUAGAUGCGAUGCCUCCAGAGGCCUUGCCAACCUGCUUUAAACCUCAGGCUACUGUUGUUAGUGCCUCUAUCAUUUCGCCAGCAUCAACUCCGUCCUGUCUCUCUGCUGCCAGCAGCAUAGACAACCUUGCAGGACCUCUGGCAGAAAUAGCAGUGGGAGGGGCAUCCAAUGCCGGUGAUGGAGCAGCAGGAACAGAAAGAAAAGAAGGAGAAGUUGUUGGACUUGACAUGAACAUCAGUCAGUUCCUAAAGAGUCUUGGUCUGGAACAUCUUCGGGAUAUCUUUGAAACAGAACAGAUUACCUUGGAUGUACUGGCAGACAUGGGACACGAGGAGCUGAAAGAAAUUGGCAUCAAUGCCUAUGGGCAUCGUCAUAAGUUGAUAAAGGGUGUAGAGAGACUUCUAGGUGGGCAGCAAGGCACCAAUCCUUAUUUGACUUUUCACUGUGUCAGCCAGGGAACUAUACUUAUAGACCUUGCUCCUGAUGACAAAGAGUAUCAAUCUGUGGAAGAAGAGAUGCAGAGUACCAUCAGGGAACACAGAGAUGGUGGCAAUGCUGGGGGGAUCUUCAACAGGUAUAAUGUCAUCAGGAUUCAAAAGGUGGUGAAUAAGAAGCUGAGGGAGAGAUUCUGUCAUAGACAGAAAGAAGUCUCAGAAGAAAACCAUAACCACCACAAUGAACGCAUGCUAUUUCAUGGGUCCCCUUUUAUAAAUGCUAUUAUUCACAAAGGAUUUGAUGAAAGGCACGCAUACAUUGGAGGCAUGUUUGGAGCUGGGAUUUACUUUGCAGAAAAUUCCUCUAAAAGUAACCAAUACGUAUAUGGAAUUGGGGGAGGCACAGGUUGCCCCACGCAUAAAGACAGAUCAUGCUACAUCUGCCACAGGCAAAUGCUCUUUUGUCGUGUGACGUUGGGGAAAUCCUUCUUGCAGUUUAGCACCAUGAAAAUGGCCCAUGCCCCGCCUGGGCAUCAUUCAGUCAUUGGCCGGCCAAGCGUCAAUGGACUUGCAUAUGCUGAGUAUGUUAUCUAUAGAGGAGAACAGGCUUACCCCGAGUAUCUGAUUACAUACCAAAUUGUAAAGCCAGAUACUCCCUCACAGACAGCAACGGCUGCAGAGCAGAAGACCUAGUAAAUGCUGUUUUGGUGAAACAAAUCAGAUGACUUUAAUAACUUAACGGACUGGAUGGAUGACAUUAGUUUCAAAACAUCAACGUUUUAUGAAAUGCUUGUCACCCUGGAACUAAGCUGUAUGUGUUUUUAUAAAGCAUUGCUCUAUAAACAGAUGUGAGUAACGGAUACGUACUCAAUUGCUACUAUUCCUUUUGAGGAAAUGUUUACAAAGGUUUGCCUUGUAACAACAUAUCUCAGGCUCACUUUCCCUGCAGUUGCCAUGUGUGUGACAACAUCAUUGCUUCAAUCUGGGUAGUUUGGGAACAUUAUUUAACAAGCAGGGCUAGGUCAAGACCAUGUUUUUAAAAAUAAAUUCUGAUGCCACUGCUC